AUGGACAUUGAUUCAACCAAUCCUUCAUUGAAUGGGAGUGAGGAAGUUGAAGAGACAGAAAACAAUCCGUCAUUAAAUGAGAUUGGUGAAGUUGAAGAACCUAAGAAGGGCAUGUGUUUUAGCUCAAAGCAAGAAGUAUAUUCGUUUUAUGCAAAAUAUGCGAAGCACCUCGGAUUUGCUGUAGCUUAUAGAACACAGAAUAUUGGACAAGAUGGGGAAGUAAAUUACUUUGGAAUUGAAUGUACUCGGGCAUGCAAGAAAACAAAACGAUCAGAAGUACACCCUCUCGAACCAUCUUUGUCAUCAUUCAUUGAGUGUAAAGCAAAGGUUAGAGCAACUCUACAAACUGAUGGAAGAUUUAAGUUGACCACAGUUGUGCUUGAACAUACGCAUGACUUGAUUCCUAGUGACUCACGACAUUUUGCAAUGAAUAAGAGAAUUCUUACCUUUGUGAAGAGAAGACUAGAAAUAAACGAUGAAGCAGGGAUAAGGGUGGCUAGAAAUUUUCAUUCUAUAGUUAUUGAAGCAGGGGGGUAUGAGGCAUUAACAUUUGAUGAACAAGAUGCAUGGAAUCACAUUCAGAGUAUGAGAAGAUUGAGGCUUGGGGUAGGAGAUGCUGAAUCAGUUGCACUUUAUUUUCAUAGGAUGCAACAACAAAAUUCGAACUUCUAUUAUGCAAUUGACCUCGAUGAAGAUGGUUGCAUGUGA